AAUAUAAUUUGGGCGACCUUCCACGCAAGCCGCCGUAAGUGGCGCUACAGUUGGGGGGCAGCUGGGGGGCUUCUGGAUAGCACCUGAAUGGGAAAGUUGAAUGAGCGAGAGCUCGUUCGUACUUAGGCCCGCAUCUACUGGCGGUGUGGUGAGAGUGCCUCCGUACCGUAAGAUCGAACUCACAACUCUGCUCCAGCUAGCCCUUUGUUGUUGUGCACUCGUGCCGUGAUCGAAGUGAACUUUUUCGUCAAGGUUCUUUUGUUUGAUAAAACAGUUUUGAUUCGGACUUUUCUACAAUGAAAAAAACAAAGCAAGGAACAGGAAAACACUGUGCGGUUGUGGGAUGUACGAACAAUAGUAAAAAACUAAAAAAAUGGAAAAUCUCGAUGUGCGAAAUCCAUUCUCCUUUGUCCAACGAUGAAUGCGAGUGUUCACAGCCUUAUCAAAUGCACCGAUUUCCAAAUGGAAUUUCAGCUGAUAGUGCCGCGAAACUUAAAGUAUGGUUGAAAAACCUAAAUCGCAAGAACUUUACACCAAAUCCGAACAGCAGGUUGUGUUCAAUUCAUUUCGAAGAUGGGAAACCAACUGCGGACCAUCCAUAUCCAGUCCAGUGCAUGGGUUACAAGAACUUUAAAACAUUGUCUCCUGGAAGGCCACUUCCUAAACAACGGACACCAUCCAAAUCUACAGACUCACCAGCUGACAAGAAACCACUUCCUAAGCAGCCAGAGAAUGAUCCCGAUGAGAGUGCAGAGGAGGGUAUAUAUCACACAUCUACACAGACAGAUGGACCAAAGCUGGAAAAUUCGUACUCUCAGUGGAGGGAUGUCACCCUCGAAGACCACACAUAUGCAAAGAUAUGCAAUUUGCAAAACACUAAAGCAAGUCAAACCGAACGUUGUCCAGAAGUAUCGGCAAAAGACAUGAAUGAUGGGGUCCUAAAAUUCUACACAGGACUGAAUACAGCUGUGUUUUGGGCCUUUAUCAACUCACUUCUCAUGACACUUCCAUCACUUCCAAAUUUUCAAAUGGCAGUGCACGAUCAGAUUUUGCUUGUUCUAAUGCGACUUCGAUUAGGCCUCAUGUUCACUGAUCUUGCUGCAAGAUUUCGUGUCUCCAGGACUACGGUACGUACAAUCUUUUCUACAUGGCUGACAAUAAUGGCUAAAUAUAUGAAAGGGAACAUUAUCUUCUUGCCAGCACGCGACACUCUGGCAAGAAUUCGACCCCAAAGCUUUGCUUCUUGCCACCCCAAAGCGACCUGUAUAAUAGAUUGCACUGAAAUAUUUGUCCAAAGACCAGCUAAUCUAAAAAAGCGGGCACAAACUUAUUCCAAUUACAAAAGCCACAAUACUUACAAGGCUCUAUAUUGUAUCGCACCUAAUGGCUUUGUAACAUACGUUUCCAAACUCUUCGGCGGACGGGCAAGCGACACUUUCAUUUCCAAAAACAGUGGGUUUGGUGAACAUCUACUUCCAGGGGAUGAAGUUUUAGCAGACAGGGGAUUUACGAUAGAAGAUAUGCUGCCGGCCGGAGUCAAGCUCUCAAUUCCAGCCUUUACAAGAGGAUUUAAGGAUAGACGACUUCCUGAAGAAUGUGUUACAGAAACCAGACGUAUAGCCAAUGUCAGGAUUCAUGUGGAAAGGGCUAUUAGACGCUUGAAGUGCUUCAAGAUUUUAAGCAGCAUAAUUCCAGCGACCGUUCAAAAUGUUGAUGACAUUUUAAUUGUUUGUGCUGGGUUAUGCAAUCUACAACCCCUUCUCAUAAAUGAGCAAAGUGAGUCGAGAGAAACCGAGGAUGAAAAUUCAGAAGAAAUACCAAUGGACAUUGAUGAUUCUUCGGAUGGAUAUUGAAAUUAGAUUUGAUUUCUACAUUGUUUAAGGUGUUUUAUGGUGAGAGCCCCCAAAUUCUUUGGAUGUUAUCCAUGAACCGACCCUUUGUUAACAGCCUGUUCAUGUUUUUCACAUUAAAAAGUAAAGAUUUAAUUCAUUGCCCUUUGUUUUCUUUUCUAAAUAAAUUUACAUAAGAAUGUGUUAAAAAUAAUUUUAAGAAACAAUAAAGUAAACAAUUCUGACCACAUCAUUAAAAAAAGGGUGGGAUUCAUUGAACAUCCAAACAAUUGUUGUUGUUUUUUUUGGGGGGGGGGGAGGGGGGGGGGCUAUACUCACGCAUGGGGUCAAUUCAACAAAUUAUUACAAGCAGAUUAACACAGAUACAAACAUACACAAACACACCCACACAUACACUUAUGUGUUCUUGGAAUUUAAUAUUUAAUAUUUACCUGUACUUAAAAUUUGUAUUAAGAUUUGUUGAAAUAUCUUAAUUGAACUAAAAAAAGUAGGUGCCAAAUAAGUGAAAGAAGAUUUGUUAAAUACAGUUUACUCUGCCUAAGUCUAGUCUCUUGGUUUGACAAAAAUCUCCUGGAUUAAAAAAAAA